UACCUGGCCAGUAGGGGGUCGUUUGGGAUACAGCCUGGCUUUAAUGGAGAAAACCGUGGUUAAGUUCAGACAUUGUGGGAAAGAUAUUUAUAGUUUUUCGAAACUAGAUGUCACGUUAAAGCAACAAAAUGCAUGUAGUGCUGAGAGAAAUGUGUGCCCUGUUUGUCGUAAUGCUCUGGUUCUUGGGCUUUUAGACGCACCUGUGGCGCUUCCUUCUCCUUUCACAAACGGCCAUGAAACUCAGUGCUCGUUUCUUUUAGGCGCAAACGAAGGACCAUGGUAUUUAGGAGAAUGGCGCGAGACGGAGUUACAUGUUGGACUGUCCGACUCAAAAGGUUUGGUCUAUAACUACACGCUGGCAGGAGUCCAGAGGGAUGAACACGGAUGGGAGCAGUGUGUGUCCAUCCAACUGGUUCCACCGUAUAGACAAGACCUAACACAGUUAUGGGAUAAAGAACUGAACCUUUUUUCAUCACUCCCAGUGUGGACUCCAGAACGAUUCCAAGAGGAGAGGGAGUUUGGCUCGUGUUGCUAUGGCUUCGCCCUGACAUUCAUUAACCACAUGAGAUCGCUGGACAGUAAAGCUCCUCUUAGCAGAAAUGAGUUCACCAGUGCCCAUGUUUUAUCCCGAAUGAAACGUGCCUCCAUGUACAUCAGGGUGUAUGAAGAAAUAGCACAACAUGGCUUUUACAUUGUUGAUAAAUAAGGUCUUGUAAUUCAGUUGCUCUCGUGUGAACCCAGUCUCGGUUCACAGUUUUAAAAUGUACUGUUACUUAUGUAGUAAAUAAUAAUGUAAUGUCAUUUUUGUUAUUUGCUAGUAAUUUCAGUAUGAAAUCAUUGUUGCCACAUGGAUCUGUGGUUGGCUUAUUAUUCAUAUAAUCCACAUUGGAAAUCGAGAGCAUGCUUUUUUUUUUUUUGCCCUUAAAGAAAUUAAAUAUGGUGAAAUGA